UAAAAAAAGAAAAAAAUUAUAAAUACAAAUAAUCAUCUGCGUCAUCGCCCUCCCCAAUUUCUCUGUGAAGGUGAAGAACAUGGAGUUCUUGGACGAGGACGCUAGACCCAGAUUUCUCUUCCAAUCACGACCGCAACCCUCUUCUUCAUCCCAAGAAAAAGCUCCACAAAAACCCUCGAAAACCCUGAUUUUCAUUUCCCUCUCAAUCUCUUCCCUUCUUCUCUCUGUUUCCCUCUUCUCCCUUCAGACUGAGCCCUUCAAAUCCCUUCUCUUUUGGCUUUCUCUCUCCCUCCUUCUUGGCCCUUUUUCUCCUCCUUCGCUCACCGGCGGUGACGUUCGUGUUGGUCAUGGACCGAUCAUCCCUGAUCCCAUCGAUCAAGAACCCCAACCCGAGCCUGAAUCUAAGAAAAAAUCAUCCCACAAGCGGUCAAAGCCCGAUAAAAUUGACGAAUUGAGUGGAAAUCGUGGUUCUUUAGUGGAAAAUGCAAACGGGUUUUCUAAUUUAGAGGUGAAAAGUAAAAAUUCAAAUGGGUUAUCGAGUUUAGGAUCGAAAAAAGAGCAUCUUGUGGGUGCUUUUGAUGGGGAGGAAAAGGAGUGGAGUGCGGCAGAUUUGGAGAUUUUGAAGAAACAAAUGGUGAAGAAUCCGGUGGGUAAGCCGGGAAGAUGGGAGGUUAUAGCUUCAGCCUUUAAGGGGAAACAUAAAAUGGAGAAUGUGAUAAAGAAAGCAAAGGAAUUGGGAGAGAAGAAAGUGGACGAUGGUGAUUCGUAUGCGCAGUUUUUGAAGAACAGGAAGCCAUUGGAUGCGAGAAGUAAUGUGAUCAUGGAGAAUCAAGAAAGUAGUGGUGGUGACAAUGAUGCUGGAGUAAUGGGGUGGAGUUCAGGGGAAGACAUUGCCUUGCUCAAUGCUUUGAAAGCUUUUCCUAAGGAUGUAGCAACGAGGUGGGAGAAGAUUGCUGCUGCUGUACCUGCGAAAUCAAAGGCAGCUUGUAUGAAAAGAGUUGCUGAGUUGAAAAGGAAUUAUAGGAGCUCAAAAGCUAAUAAUGAAGGGAAUUAAAGGUUUCGAGCUUUUCGGAAAUUUUAUGAUUUGAACGCAGCAUUAAGGAGGUAACUGAUGUUUCCCCAAUUGUAUUCCUGUUUGAGACGAUUCAUGUUUACUUCUUGUAUUUGACAUGGAUUUAAGUUAAUUGAUAGAUAGGCUUAACCUUUAGCAAUGGGAAUCAUGGGCGUUACUCUUUUUAGUUCUGUUGACAUGGUGUUUUAGUAAUAAAUUAUGGGUUUAUAAGCAAAGAUUGGACCCUGGCUUUAUGAACAAAGCCACCAACAAACUUGUUAUGGAUGGAUUUAUUGGCUGUUAGAGAAGUUUACAAGUCUUCUGGGUGUAGUCUUUUAGAUCUUUUGAUUGUGUUGUGAUUUGCCAGUUAAUCAUUCGAAUGUUCAGUGUAGAAUUUUGCUUAUACUCUUUUCUAAGCCAGGGAUGACAAAUUUACUUGCAUGUACAAAGCGAACUUUAGCACCAAAUCUCAACUUUUUCUUUCUCUAUCAGCUCAAUUCUAGCAACCUUGUUAUGCAAAUCAGCAAAUGGAAAGUGGAAAUUUCUUAUGUUCUCAGCAGCAUUUUGACUAUCACGUGCUUCCCUUAAACAAAAAAUAUGCCUAGUAAAACUCUUUUGUCUGUCUUAAGGGCUUGUUUAGGUUGCAAAGAUAAU